AUGAAUAAGACCUUUGUGAGCCCCACAGAUGACCAAUAUUUAACUGAACUGAAAACUCCUGUGACUACGACUUUAGCUAUGUCAACAAGUAACGGUAUGUUAAAUGAACUUAUAAACAGGACUAAUAAUUAUAAGAAACUCAUUAGAAUUUUAAGUUUUAUUUUUAGAUUUAUUUGCAAUGCCAGAAAUUGCAAACGUAAACACCACGGUCCCCUGGAUUUAGAAGAAUACGUCGAGACUCGAGAUACCCUCAUUCGAGACUCGCAGGUACAGUAUUUUCCUGAAGAGCUCUUGGCUAAAAAAAGAGAUCUACCAGUCUCCAACAAGAGUAAGUUAAAACCUCUUAAUCCCUUCUUGGAUAAGAAAGGUUUAAUACGUGUAGGAGGCCGUUUAAGUAGCUCCAACUUGAAUUACAAUAAAAAAUAUCCCAUCAUCCUUCCACCAGACGGUAGAUUCAAGAAGCUCAUAAUGGAAUACUUCCACAAAAGAGAUUUACAUGUAGGGCCGCAGUCUCUUUUACAUAGCAUACAUCAACAGUUUUGGCCUAUAAAUGGCCGCAACGUAUUUAGAAAGGUAGUUCAUGAAUGCCUAACUUGCUUUAAAAUGAACCCCACUGCAGUGACUCAAUUAAUGGGUAAUCUUCCGUCUGAAAGAAUAUCACCAAGCCCGCCAUUUACCAAUACGGGUAUUGACCUUUGCGGUCCUUUUCAAAUCAAAUACAUGGGGCAGAAAAAGGGCAUUUUGCAAAGGAUUUAUAUUUGUAUUUUUAUCUGUUUGGCUAUUAAAGCUGUUCAUUUCGAAUUUCUGACAGACCUUACUUCUAAGUCUUUGAUUGCUGGCUUAAAAAGAUUUUUUGCCCGACGGGGUAAGAGUUCAGCCAUUUUCUCAGACAAUGCAAGAAAUUUUGUAGGUGCACGUUCAGAAUUACAACGGUUGGAAAAGUUAGUAAAACAAUCAGAAUUUGGAGUAGCUAGCUAUUUAGUUUCAGAAGGCAUUGUUUGGAAGUUUCUUCCACCUAGAGCCCCUAAUUUUGGAGGACUCUGGGAGGCCAGACGUUAA